AUCCUACUAAAAUACAAAGAACUCUCGUUUCCUUGAACGCCUAUCAUUCUCAUCUUACGACUUCAGUUGAUAAUUCUAGCAGGUUGGCUUUUCUUCAUAAUCCCAGGCUACGAGCAUGUCAAUAUAACUACUAUGUGGCCAUUACACGUAUAGGAGGUCGGCACGCAUUAGUUCCACAAGACGCGUUGACGGCACAGUAGAGGAAUGCCAUUCUUCCGGUAUAGAAUAGCUUUGACGGGCCUUUUCCGGUUGCUUGUUACCGUGCUAGCUGUUUAUAUUAUCACACAGAUGUUGGUGUUUUCUUCAGUUUCUAGAUCAUCGACAUAUAAAAAUAAGGCAUCCACUAGAUUUCUCCAACAAUAUCCCCCCCGUUCAAUUGUUGUCGAGGGGAAGUUUAAUCUCCAAGAAGCCCAUCUCAAUCUGACUGCUAGCGAGGCACAUUUGAACACCAUGGACCCCCCUAUACUGACUCCUAAGCUUCUUAAACUCUCUAGUCAUGUCAGACACGAAGACAACGAAGUAGUAGAUUUAUUGGGUGUCCCUUCUUCCGAGCAAGUCUAUCUCACUAUUGGGAUUCGUCUGAAUAGCACAAGUCAAAAAGACGUCAAACUAGCACAAGAAACCUUAAGUUCAGUUCUUAAGAAAUCAGGAGUCCAGGACAGACGACAUUAUGUAAUUGUCGUUUCCUUACCUUUCAACAAAGACCGGAAACACAUUCUUCUGCAGGAGGUUCUAGACAGACGAUACAUGGAUUUUGUGGACAGCGGAAUGAUUCAGGUCAUCAGCCCUAUGACUGAUAUUUACAUUGAUGAGUACUUAUAUACGAGAUUACAGAGAACACGUAAUCUUAUCCCAUACAAUAAUGCUAAAUUCAACAUCGACGAAGCCUUUAUAUAUCUAUACUCUAGAAACCUUUCAAAGUAUUUUGUCGAAGUUCGUCCUGGUUCAUCUUGCACGCCACAUUUUUUCAAGACAUUGAGAUUUUACAUCGAUUCUCUAACCACAAAAUGGGGCCAAAUCCACUUUUCGGAAAAUCCCGUGUAUGGUAGACUAUUUCGCACGGAUUCUUUGCAAGAAAUGGCAGACGAUGCCCUUUACACGUAUGACAGGUUUCUUCCAGAGCGACGAUUGAACACCUAUAAGACAUACUUUCAGUAUCCCCGACAAUCUCUUUUCUCGUACGUGGAGACCGGUGAAAGUACCAACAUCUCCUACUACAGCAGACGAGACGUAGUCAGCCAAAUACUUCAAGCCAAAUCCAUCAACCCUGCGGCAAAAAUAUUUACAGAUAUGCGUCAAUAUGAAGACUUUGAACUCAAAAAUGUAUAUGACAGAAACCCUUAUACUUUCUUUUGGUCAAAUGGAUUUGACACAGGAAGUUACAUCACUGUCUCCUUUCGCAAACCUCAACAUAUAAAGAGGAUAGUAGUAAACACUGGAAGUUAUAUCAAUACCGACAAAUUACAAUCCGGAAUUCUAGUAGCUGGACAACACUUCGACAAUCGAACGAACGCAUGUAAAAAUUUAUCAAAGCAGUGGUUGUUUAUUGACGGGUUUUUGGACAUCGUUGAAGGCAGUUCCUUUAAUGAUAUCAGUUGUGUAUCGAUAAUCGUACAGUCCAGACAAGCUGAUUGGCUGAUGUUAAGGGAUAUUGUUGUUGAAGUUUUUCGGUGAUAAGAUUUUGUACGUAAUAAUGGUACUGUCCCUGAUAAAAUAAUUUGAUGAUGUGAUGUGUAUACUUACGUGUGUUGUAACGAAAGAAUAGGAUGUUUAACACAUUUUUUACAUUCUAUAUGAAUGUAUUUAUGUCGAACCGAGUAAUUCAUAAAUUAGUCCACCAGUGUACUCUCACCCAAAGACAGGGUUUGCAUGUGUAAAGUCAUCCACCCGUGUUUACCGGUUGAUCCAGGUCUCUAAACUUUUACAUGGAUACAUUGAACUCGUGUGGAUCUUAUUAAAUCAAUGAUACAAUUAGCCUACAUAUACAUGUACAUGAAAGGCUGACAAUAAUAGUGUGUGUGUUCUUAAAUUGGGGUAACUUUCAAUUUAAUCAUGGAUAUUAUAUUGAAUUGUUAUAUAUAUGUAGUAUACAUAUUUACAUGUAUAUGCUUCCAACAUGACAAUGCCUAUUUAAAACAUAAUGAGAGCAUUACUUAUACUCAACCAAAGCGUGGGGAAUUUUUUUCCCAUUGAACAGUCAAAUAAAUGUAAAAACCUUUGUUUACCAUUGUUUGAGAGAAUGAUAUAACCCCCCCCCCUCUCUCUCUCUCUCUCUCUCUCUCUCUCUCUCUCUCUCUCUCCACGGUUUUAUUUAGCAGAGUACAUUGACACAGUUUUUAGGACACCCGAGUUUACUCAGGUGACCUAUUGCAAUUGGUUGUCGUGCGUUAACAAUUUGACAUUUUUAACUUCUUCUUGAUAACUACCAGUCCCAUUCUUUUCAAAUUUAGUAUGAAGCAUCGUUGGGACAAGGGGGACAUAAAUUGUAAAUUUCAGAACUCCAGCACCCCUGGGGCCCUAGGGGCGGGGCAAAAUCUGCCUAAAAUUUACCAAUUUUCAAAAAUCUUCUCAAGAACUGCACACGUGUAAGAAAAACUAAAUGCAUCGUGAUGUAGACCAGGAAGACCUCUACCAAAAUUGUAAAUUUCAUGAUCCCUGGGGUAGGGGUUCUGACCCCAGGUCGGGGCCAAAUUUGGUAUAUAAUGUUUAUGUGUAAAACACUUAAAUAACAUCUUCUUUAGUGCUAUUGAUACUAAAUUGAAUUCAAUAGAUAUUUAGAAAAAACAGGUAGUCCUCUACCAAACUGUAAAUUUUAUGAUCCCAGGGGUACGGGUUUGGGUAUCAGGGUGGGGCCAAAAUGGUCAUGCUCGGUUAUUAAAUGUGUGAACAAUAGACAUUUUUAACUUCUUCUUGAUAACUAUCAUUCCAAUUCUUUUCAAAUUUGGUAUGAAGCAUCUGUGCAUGGACAAGGGGGACAUAGAUUACAGGAUUCCUGCACCCCUGAGACCUUAGGGACGGGGCAAAAACUGCCCAAAAUUGACCGAUUUUCAAAAAUGUUCUUCUCUACAACCGCAUAUGUUUUAGAAAAACUAAAUGCCUAGUGAUGUAGAGCAGGAAAGCCUCCACCAAAAUUGUAAAUUUCAUGAUCAUGUUUGUAUGCAUGGGAUGUGUGCCCACUAUUCUUUGUAUGUGUAGGAUGUGUGCCCAAUACUGUUUGUAUGUAUGAGAUGUGUGCCCACUACUGUUUGUAUGUGUGGAAUGUGUGCCCACUACUGUUCGUGUCUGGGAUGUGUGUAGUACUCCUACUGUUUGCAUCAAAGAUUGUAUGUCCACUACUGUUUGUAUGUGUGGAAUGUGUGCCCACUAUUUUUUUGUAUGUGUAGGAUGUGUGCCCAAUACUGUUUGUAUGUAUGAGAUAUGUGCCCACUAUUGUUUAUAUGUGUGGAAUAUGUGCCCACUACUGUUUGUAUGUAUGAGAUGUGUGCCCACUAUUGUUUGUAUGUGUGGAAUGUGUGCCCACUACUGUUCGUGUCUGGGAUGUGUGUAGUACUCCUACUGUUUGCAUCAAAGAUUGUAUGUCCACUACUGUUUGUAUGUGUGGAAUGUGUGCCCACUAUUUUUUGUAUGUGUGGGAUAUGUGCCCUCUACUGUUUGUGUCUGGGAUGUAUGUCCACUACUGUUUGGUUAUUUCAAUUUCUUUUAAAAUAUAUUUGUCUAAUUAUACUCUUUUCCAAAUGAUAUGUUUCUUGAAGAUGUUGGUUGUAGAUUUAAAAGAUAUUGAGAAAUAAAGAUUAUA